UCUCAUCUUCCGUCUUGUUGCAGAUGAAGAUUAUGAGGGGGAAAUUUCUGAGGGCAUGCCUGGAAAAGUGGCGGAGAAUGGGGAGCAGAGUGAUACCAUCAGCAGGGUGCGACUACUGCUGCCAGUGGGCACUGUGGCCUUCCAUGCACGAAGGCAGCUCCAUUCCAAGAGAUGUCCCAAAGGGACACUUAGUAGUGUAUGUGGGUGAAAAUUACACGAGGUUUGUCAUUAAAAUAACUCUGCUCAAGCACCCACUCUUCAAGGCAUUGUUGGAUCAGGCUCGGGACGAGUAUGAUUUCAUUGCUGCCUCCAAACUCUGUAUCCCUUGCGACGAGAACAUUUUUCUGAGCGUGGUUCGAUGCGCCAGCUCUCCUCAGGAUCGAAGUUCCUUCUCUUCGUGCCUUUGAGAACAUAUUUGUUUCUUCACAAAAAA